AUGAAUAAGAAUAAAUUUCAUCUGGUCAAAUCAAAAAUGACCAAGUUGAGCAGUUAUCACAUGAUGAUAGUUUCGAAACACUUUAAUACUAUCAAAGACUUCAUCAAUAUUGAGUUUGUAUCCAAGAAGUUCAAUGACAACAUGAAGAAGUUUCACUUCAACCCAAUUCCAAUCACCAAAUUAACAAUCAAACAUUUCCCAAAUAUCGAGACACUUCACUUAUAUAAUAAAACUGAUGAGAAUUUUGGGAAUGGAUUUAUUGAUAAUUUGAAGAAUGAUAAUCAUGAUUAUUAUGAAGAAAUUAACAAAAGAAAAAGCGUAACUGAAAAGAAAGUGUUUUACCAAAUUGUUGUUUGGUUUGGUGUUGGUGUUGAUGUUGUCAAUAGAACUAUUUCCCCAAACAUCAAAUUCAAAAAUGUGAUUUAUACUAAAGAUGAUGUAACAAAGUUUGGAAAUAAAAUACCAAACUCUGUCAAAACAAUUGAUGACUAUUGUUUUAAUAGAUAUAAUAAAUUAGAUUGUAUAAACAUUCCACCAAAUGUCAAAUCAAUUGGUGACCACUGUUUCUGUAAUUGUUUAAAUUUAACAAGUGUUACUAUUUCAUCAGGCGUCAAAACUAUCAGUCGUUCUUGUUUUUCUUAUUGUAUUCACCUCCUCGAAAUAAAAAUACCGCUAAGUGUCAAAUCAAUGGCUGAUGAUUGUUUUUAUAAUUGUUACAAUUUAAGCAGUGUUGAAAUAUCAACAAAUGUGACAUCAAUUGGUAAUUGUUGUUUCUUCGGUUGUUGUGCAUUAAGUUAUGUGACUAUACCAAAUAAUGUCUUAUCAAUGGGUAAAGGGUGUUUUUUUAACUGUUGUUUUUUGGAGACGAUUUCAAUUCCUUCAAGUGUCACUUCGAUUGGUAUUCAAUGUUUUGGAAAUUGUUCUCAGUUAAAUAGCGUGUAUAUACAACCAGGUGUUGAACAAUUUUAUUAUCAAUGUUUUGGUGGAUGUAUUCAAUUGACACAUGUUGAUAUACCUAUAAGUGUGACUUCAAUUGGUGAUAAAUGUUUUUUCAAAUGCAACAGCUUGACAAAAUUAAUUAUUCCAUCAAGUGUUGUUUCAAUUAGUAGUGAUUGUUUUCCGUCAAACACUUUAGUGAUACAAGAAAAAUGA